AUGGGCGGAUGGGGAGAGGGCGAUGGAGGAAAGCGCGAGCUCUACGGAAAGUCAUCCACUAUGUUCGACCAGAUGUCUUGUACACCCCCGCUACGUCUCCCCGACGCGAUGUGGUCCAUUGUUUUCCAGCUGCUUGAAGCAUCAUGGGUAGAACCUCGGCGCCAUCCCAUCCCACCGCCAAUGCUCGUUUGUAAGAAGUGGAAGGAGCUCGCGACCCCGUUCCUCUACCGGAGGUUUUAUCUCUCUGUUUCCGACAACAGGCUGAACUGCUUCGCCAAACGCCUAUUGUCGUGCCCCAAGUACCAGCAGCAGGUUUCCACGAAUGCCCGAUACGUCUACAUCGGUGUGGACAAGGAGCCUCCGUUCGAGGUCUCCUUUGUCUUAGACCGUAUGCGCUCUCUAGUGACCGUCGAUCUCCACGGCGGUGCCUACGAGCUCCAUAUCCUGGGGAUCAGCUGCUCCGCAACGCUCCGAUCCUUGAAGUUUACCGUGACCGCUAACUCGUGCAUCGCAGCAGCCGUUCACGAGCUCGGCGCUUUGGAGAACCUCCAUCGUCUCAGUUUCAAUGCGAUGCAUAGCCGCUUCGACGGCGCGGCAUAUGAAGACAGUCCGGCCGAGCUCUACCUUGGCUGCCUUCACGACUUGAGCGUUUACGUCCCCAACAACCUCGGUCACCUGGACAGGCUUUGGCACGGCAGCUUCCCGUCGCUCACCCAUCUUCAUAUGCCGGCUGCGUUUCGCUACGGAAAGUCGCAUCAGCCCCUCUAUACCUUCCUUCAAAAGCACAAAGCAUAUAUCAGCCAGCUUGACGUGCACAUCUGCCCGACCGCCAACGAGCUCCUUCCAGGGUUCGAGUGCCUGAAAAGGUUGAACAUCUACUCCGUCCUACCCCAUGAGAGCAGCGUGGCGGAGUGGGUCGACUGCUUCAUCCACCUUCCGGCCUCCGUUUAUUACGUUUCUCCCGUUCUGCUCGGCCAUCACAGCGAUCACACGGUGCUCACCGAGCUGUUGGACGGUCUCGUCGCCACGGGAAAACGGCUGAGGUUCAAGCGUUUGCUCCUCAAUCUCUCAUGGUCCCAACUCAUCCUCGACUCGUCGCCGAAGCUCAACCACUACCUUGCCUUUGCGCGGCGAAUGGAGCAGGAACUGGGUGUGGUCGUUGUCGACCAGAAAGGAAUGCAGUUGCGCCUGGACCGUCCCAAUGACGGCUGA